GCAAAGGGGAGGAGAGCUGUACUGCUGUUUCCACAGCUCUGCUUCCCUGUCUGGGAGAAUCACUGAGUGUGCAAGUCACAAUAGAAGGAAGCGCUAUGGCUUUUCCUCAUAGCUCAGAUAUGUGAUUUAUCCACGGUUACCCCUGGAAGGAUUGUGUGCUGCUGCUGCUGCUUCAGUUCAUUCUCCAUUAGCACCCUCUUCCCAGUGCUGGAUAUACUGUGCAGGAAUAUCACCAUGAUUGAUAGCAGCAAGAAGCAGCCGGGCUUUACCGAGAUUAUACCUGGUGGGGAUUUUGAUCCAUUGAAAGAGAAGGAAUGUCUUGAUGGAAACAGCCAGAAAAGUCUGAAGGAAGUGCUUCAAUUGCGUCUGCAACAAAGGCGAACAAGAGAACAACUUGUAGACCAGGGAAUCAUGCCACCCUUAAAAAGCCCGGCUGCAUUUCAUGAGCAGAUAAAAAGCUUGGAGCGUGCCAGGACUGAAAAUUUCCUCAAGCACAAGAUACGCAGCCGUCCGGAACGAUCUGAGCUAGUAAGGAUGCACAUUUUAGAAGAGACACAUGCUGAGCCAUCCCUGCAGGCAACUCAGAUGAAAUUAAAGAGGGCUCGUCUGGCAGAUGAUCUCAAUGAAAAGAUUGCUCAAAGACCUGGACCACUCGAACUAAUUGAAAAGAACAUACUUCCAGUUGACUCAAGUGUUAAAGAAGCUAUUAAAGUUGGUCAUUCAGAUUACCCUGAGAACACUGAUGCUUUCUCAUUUGAUGAAGAUAGCAGUGAUGCUCUGUCACCAGAACAGCCAGCAAGCCAGGAAUCUCAAGGAUCAGCUGCUUCUCCUGCAGAGGUCAAACCCAGCGAGUCCGCUUCUCCCAUAUCCAACACUAACAUUCAGUGCCAAGCACUAAAUUCACCACUGCCUGAGUUCUUUAAACCUCUCCCAGCUGCCGAUCCUACUACGCGCCCCCCAGCACCCACUGUUGUCUUGAAACCUGGGCCAACACUGGUAAAGCAAAGUCAGCCGAAGAAUGCAAGUGACAAGCCACGCAGCAAAAAGUCGAAGGAGCCCAAACCACGGGUGAAAAAAUUAAAAUAUCACCAGUAUAUUCCACCCGACCAGAAAGGGGAGAAGAUUGAGCCUGAAAUGGAUUCCAAUUAUGCCCGUCUCCUGCAACAGCAGCAGCUCUUCCUUCAGCUCCAGAUCCUGAGCCAGCAACAUCAGCACUACAACUACCAGACCAUCCUACCUGCACCACUCAAGUCACUGAAUGACAAACCAAACAAUGGAAACACUGUAACUAGCAAUGUGAAUAACAGCAUUCCCUCAGCUCAGAGCUUCAUCAACAAACAGAACAGCAUCCAGUUCAGAAAAGCAGGACCACUACCUUCCAAUCUGGAUGAUAUGAAGGUUGCAGAACUUAAAAUGGAAUUGAAACUGAGAGGCUUGCCAGUAUCUGGCACAAAAACAGAUCUUAUUGAACGUUUAAAACCUUACCAGGAUUUAAACAAUAAUGGUGUUAGUGUGACCAGUGCCACAAUUGUGACCACCACUGCCACGACUACGGCUUCCUGUAGUGUUGCGGCAGAAGACACUACAGCGACAUAUACCACAGCUACUGUAAAUAACUCCGCACCCACUUUUAAUACAGACGUAACAUCCCCUGCAAAUGGGAGCAACCAGAUGCAUUUGGAUCCCAUUAACUCUCCACUACCUAUGUCUCCAACCCCUUCCGAGCAAUCCAACUUUAGCACUGAAGACACUAAUAUGACGGACACUUUUGCAGAGAUUAUGACCAUGAUGUCGCCAUCCCAGUUCAUGAACACUUCACCUAUAAAGAUGAAUUUAAAUGAGGACAGCAUGGGAGCAGCUAGCGCAAGCACUACAAGCAUAGAUUUGGAUGCUGCAGAAAAGGACCGCAAGCUUCAAGAAAAGGAAAAGCAGAUUGAGGAGCUGAAACGGAAGUUGGAACAAGAGCAGAAGCUUGUGGAGGUGCUGAAGAUGCAGCUGGAAGUAGAGAAACGUGGGCAGCAGCAACAGCCGUGUUCUAAUAUUCUGUUAAACAUGGAUCAGAAGCUUUUUAGUGCAAACAUUAAAGAGGAGAACUCAAUGUCUGACUGCCAGAAUAAUACCCAGACCAUUCUGAGUGGGCAUUUGAUAGGACAGCCCACAGUAACUACUGGUGGCCAGAGUAUUAUUGCCAACAAUGCUGUUGUCAUCAAGCAUGAAGUUCCUUUAGCUAAUCCUGAGCAUCAAAACAUUAUCCAGCAAUUUUAUGUGACAUCUCAAAGACCACCACAAGCGACAGUGGUGACUCAGCCCCAGGCACUACUAACCACACCAACGGCCCAGAUCCUGCUUCCUGUCUCUAUCCAGACUACCAAUGCAAUGCAGCUGUCCAUGGUGCAGGCUCAGCCACAUACAGCAAGCACAUCUCAGCCACUAGUUCUUAAUUCUACGACUACGACGCUGGUCCAAGCACCUUCCUCUCAGAAGCAGCACACCAAAAAGGUUUGUCCUCCUGCAACAUCAAACAAUAUAUUUUCAUACCAACAAAACCCAGUCACUUCAGUUCAACAGUCAUUUACCAAUAGUGUAUCCACUACUGGCCAGAAGGCAAGGACACAACAAGCUACUGCAGUGCAGAAUGGUCCCACGUUACUGCAUGAGUCCAACUCCCCAUCCCCAACCCAGCAGUACCUUGUUCAGCAUCCCACGUUCACCAGUUCUACUGCUAAAUCGAAGGACCCUCCACGCUAUGAAGAAGCCAUAAAGCAGGCCCGUAACAUCCAUCCCUCUCACACUGAGGUAGCAAAUGCACACAGCCAACAGAUGGACGACCUGUUUGAUAUUCUUAUUAAAAGUGGAGAGAUUUCCCCUCUUAUAAAAGAAGAGCCUUCUCCUAUAUCAAAGAUGCGACCAGUUACUGCUAGUGUCACCACCAUGCCAGUGAACACAGUGAUAUCAAAGCCACCGCCGCAGAUUCAUGUAGCACCUCCGCUGGCUCUGGAACCAACAAAUAGUCUAUCUCUUAGCUUAGAAAGCCACCUGGAGGCAUUUUUAGAAGGAACCCUACCACCGGGAACUAACAUUCCUCAUCUGGAAAGGCAUAGUGAUGGCCAAGAUGCAUUUUCUCUGAUAGAUGAUCUGAACAAUGAUCUGCUUCAGCAUCACAGCAUACUGGAUCAUGAUUCCACCCCAAUGGAGACAAAUGAUACACCGUUCACUGCAAACAGUUGUUUAUCUCUAGACCUUCAAGACACAAACCUGGAUAACAUGGAGUGGCUGGACAUUACAAUGCCCAAUUCUGCCUCUUCUCUUACUCCUUUAAGCUCUACUUUACCAAGCAUGUUCUCCACUGACUUUUUGGACACUAAUGACUUGCAAUUGCAGUGGGACUAAUUGAUUUAGCGUAGAUCUCAAAGUGGGGUUUCACUUUGAAAACAAAGGCUGGAAGUAUGGUUGUAAUUGUAGCAAUUACACCCGACAGCAGAAAAUAAAGAGAUCUGCAGCAUUUAACUGCACUGGAUUCCCAAGUGUGUCACUGAUGGGCCACUAGGAGAGACACUACACUGUACAGCAAACAAAUAAACCUAAAUGGUUAACAAUGCAGCAUAGAUUUUGAAGCAUUUGGGGAUUGAAUGAUAUGUGAUGGAAUGUUCAGUGGGGUAUUUGUACAGAAAUAUACAUUAGAUUCAAUGUUGGUAAUGUUCUGUUGUUCUUCUACUCUUUUUUUCUUUUUUUUGUUUGUCAUUUUAAUAUUCAAAACUGCACUUGACUGUUCCUGUGAACAGGCUGAGCCUAUAUGAUUACAUGGCAAAGCGCUGACUGGUUCAGGGUUCAUACUCAAUAUUUUCACAAGCAUAUACAGACCAGAGAUCUAUCCCUGGUACUAUAUAAAAUGAUUAUCUUCAGUGUACAAUUCAUAUACCCAACUUAAUCUGUUGAGUUUUGACCUUGUAAAGUUGAUAAUAUAACGUUGCAGAACUGUACUUUUGUGGCUGGAAUACUUGGGGCUCAUAAGUAAUGCCUGCACUUUCUCUACACGUUUUGUAGCUUUGCUUUAUUUUGUAUUACCUUAUUUUUUCUUUUGUAAUGGAACAAAGGGAUAAUUUUUAAGGCCUCCUUUCCAAAACUUGCUGUAAUAUACUGUACAAAAACUUAUUAAACAAUUGUGAAGAAGAGAUUAUCAGUUACAAAUGAGCGCACAAUCCUUGCUUAUUUUCUCCAAAGGUAACGCACCAAAACACAGAUGUUAUACUGUAUAAUGAUUUACUUCUGGCAGCAUAUGUGAAAAAGGAAUUACAAUGUAGAACAGUCUGCAACAAAAAAUAAAAAUGUAUAUAAAAUAUUUUUUGAAAAAAGACGUAUAGCCACGCAGCUAUAGUCAAGAGUUCAUGUAUAUGAACAGCGGAAUGGAAUGUAAAUACACAAGUCGCAGACUUUUUUUUUUUGUUGACUAAGAAUAGCAGUAUGCUAAUUCUGCAUGUACCAGGUGGGCAAAACUCUAUAUGAAGGCAAAUAUGCAUAGUCAGGCACAUAGGGUUUUAAAGAGCAUUUUAUUAUAUAUGUUUUUCUAUUUUUCAGUAAUGGGAGACAUUCAGUUCCCCCCCACCCACACCCCAUAAAAAUGUAUAUACAUGGCUUUCAUGUCAUUAUAGACCAGCUUUUGUACGUUCUUUGGGGAGGGUGCAAUAAAAUAUUAUAGAGAAAUAAUCUGUAGCCUACGGUUCUAAAGAAGGUGUUUACAAUUCCAGGAAGUUUAAUUCAUAUUUCCGUUGAGAAGACUUUGUCAUAUAAGAUUAAUUACUUUAUGGUAUGGCCUAUUAAAUAAUAUUUUUUUUUUUAUUUUUUUUUUAGUUUUAGCAAUUCUACCAAAUUAAUAAAGACAAAAAGUGGGUUUAAAAUCUAAGAUGUUCAAACUGUAGGAUAUAGAGAAAGAUACGUAAAAUUAAAAUAAGUACAGGUUGGGUCUCAAAUAUCCCAAAUUCCAAAACACAGAAUUUUUUUAGUGCGACUGAGAUAGUGUCACCUUUGCUUUUACGAUGGUUUAUUGCACACAAUCUUUGUUUAAUGCACAACAUUAUUACAAAUAUUGAAUACAAUUACCUUCAGGCUGUGGGUAUAAGGUGUCUAUGAAACAUAAAUUCAUUUUGUCAUUAGAAUGGGUCACAUACCCAAGGUAUCACCUUAUGGUAUGCAAAUAUUCCAAAUUCCGGAAAAAUCAAAUAUCCAUAAUGUUUCGGGUCCCAAGUGUUUUGGAUAUGGAAGACCCAACCUUUAUCAGCAAUGCAGUCCACAUUACCUGACUUUCUGUAGCCUGUGUUCCUUUCAUAGAAUGGAAAAUGAGUUAUACAGUUAGAUACCCCUUUUUAGUCUACAAUAUAGGUGGAGCCUCCUAUUUCUUUUUCGUUUCCUUUUUGUGCUUUUAAGGCAGAGAAAUAUGGAAGUGCUCUUCCUACUGUGUAUCUCAGUGUAUAAUCCACUUUGUACGUGAAAAUUAGACUUCUAGACAGCCAGGCUGGGUAGAUCUCGCAUGAAAGGGGAAUCUCUGUUUCAAGGGAGGAUAUGGGGUCGACAGAUGUACUGAUACAUCUGUAUGAUUUCUCAGUGUCAUAUAUGCUGCAGAACCGACCUGACAUGUCUGUGAACAAUGUCGUUCAUAGUGUACACAUGUCGGCAUUACACACGAGCCGAUGGUCCAGCCGAUAUAUUGAUCAUUAGCAACUGGUACUCGGCCUAUGAUCAUUAAAACCAUUACCUACUAGACAGUCAAAGAAUAAAUCCACAUACUUUCCAAUUUCAAAAUGUUAACUCUUUAAUGGAGCAGUUCAAACAGUGGACACUCUUGGAAGUGUAAUAGUAAUAUAGUGCUAGACUGAAAUUAGUUGAGUUAGAACCAUUUAGUAAGAAUCUUGUACAAAGAAGAUCAAUUCUUUCUUGGCAGUUACUUUAUUUAUUCUUCAUUGGUUCAUUACAGACACUUGGGGGAUUUCUUGAUACACGUCCUCUUCCCACUGAAUCAAUUUUUUUUGUUUAAAUUCUUCUGAAAUGAAAUACCUUUGUAUACAGGUAUUUUAUGCGUUUAACCCAGAAGAUAACAUUUCUAUUGUUUUUGUAAUAUUUGUAGUAUUUGGCACUAAUGGUUUAAUAAUUUUAAGCCUUUCUUAAAAUUAAAAUAUUCUUUUUAACAAAAAAAAAUAUAAAUAGAAAUCUCUCAAAAAAAAGUAUUUAGUCUAAAGAUGUGCGGGUUCGGAUUUACUCCGUUCUUAAUGCCAGAAUUAACGCAUGUUCAGAUUUAUCUGGAUUUUUCUUAUUGGAUAUCCAAAACACCUGAUAUCCGGAAGCCAAUAAGAUGCCAUUUUGAGAUCCAGGUAAAUCCAAACCCGCACAUCUCUAAUUCAGUCCCAGUUGAUGAGUAAACCAUGAAAAAACAUUUACAUUGUUUAGUAUAUGUUGAUGUUUACUUGAUACGUUCUUAAAAUCAUGUACAAUUUACAAAGCAAAAAAGUUUGGGAACUUUUCAAUAUUUUUGUGAUCUUUGGCGAAUGGACGCAAUGUACGUAACUGUUAUUUCUGCUUUUAAGCACAAUCAUAUCUGAGUAAAAAGUUAGUGUGUAGUCAUGGAGGGUAAAUAUUGUUUUUUAAGGGAAUAUUAUUUUAAGCUGAAAGUUUCUAAUAAUUAACUGAAUAGGGAAACAUUGAACUAUUUAAGAUUGCAACAUGUCACAUUAUUAAAUCAGCAUGGAGUUGAAACCUGAGGUUUACUGGUGGGUAUUCCCCCUCAAUAUUAUUAUUGCAUCAUACAGAUGGAGGCUUGCAUGGGGCGUUUCAUUCUCCAUCCAUGACUGCAGUGCUCUCCAGUAAAACUGCAACUUAUUGAAACUGAAGGUGAAUUAUUAAACAUCCUUUGAUUUUUGCUCAGAAAAGGAUAGUGUGGGAACACCUCUAUGUUUCCCUGGUGUGUUCCCCAUUUUAGUCCAUCUUAGUGUCAAGCCUACAUAUCUGUAGGUGUGUGCUUCUCAGGAACAAAGCUAGUACUAUCUUCUGCCCUCCCCAAUCUUCCUAUUGUACCAUACUUACCUACUUUUUGGGCCUUGAGUGGAAGUCCAAGGGGUAAGUUUGACAACGCAAGUCACAUCUUCAUGGCCAUUCUUGUGAUUAGCUAAUCACAUAAUCACAGUUCAGACCUGGGAGGGUGUCCUAAUCUCUCUGGAGUCCAGGGCAACUCCCAAAAUACAGUACAGUAGGCAAGUAAGUAUUGGUUAGCCAGGAUGAGUAUGCACCUGUAAGCACACCAUAAAUGUGCCAACUUUGAUUGUAGAUCAAGUGCAAGCAUAGGGAUGUCACAGAGAUAUGCUAAUGUCACAAAGCUAGUUGUGUGUAUUCUUGAGCACCAGCCUUCCCCCGUUUAUGAAUACCCCAUUACAUUUUUAUAUGGUGUGCCUAGUACAUUGUACAUGCUUUUUUAGCGGUAGCUAAGCUUUGAUGUAAUUCAAUGAAGAAGGGACCUUUUAAUUGUAAAGCGCAACAGUAUAUGCUGGCGCUACAUAAGUAGAUGUUCAAAAAUAAUGUUCUGGAAGCUUGCAGUGUACUCCUAUUCAGUUAUUUGCUAUCAUCUCUAAAUUACUUUUAUUUUAUACAAAAGGGUUUUUGCGCUUUCAUCUGUAGUACAUUGUUUUACUGUUGAAAAGCAAGCUUGCUCCUACUACCUGCAGCUUUAAAUGAAGUUGUGAUGUUACUAUGCAUUGCUUACACUACCAUUAUGUUGAAUAAAAGGUGCACAUUUGUUAUGGUGUUUUUCACCGGUUACUCUAGACAUAUCGGCUUUUUGGUAGUAUUUUAAGUAAUUUAACAAAAUGAUUGUGUGCGCCAAAGUGUGUCUUCAGCAGUGUUAAAUAGAUCCUUUCCUUAAUUGCUCUUUAUUGAAAAUUUUUGUUGGUUUACAGACACUAUUUUACAUAUUUUUUUCCUCAAGGUUAAAUAUCCUUACGCUAUUCAUCAGUUUGUCUCAAGAGUUUCUUUGCCGUUGUCUAAAGGUGUUUCUAGGAUGACUAUAAUAUCUCAAGAGUCCUGCAACCAAAGUCUGCUACACAAGUGGAAACCUGAGAUCAUUGGAAGUGCAGCAGAUGUUGUGGCAGGUGAUACUGGUGUAGAAAGGGACAGUUUCUUUUAAUCCCUUCUGAAUAUUCUAUAAACAACUCAGAAAAUACUAGUUUGGCUAAUUUCCCCCCUAACAAAUACAAGCAUUUCUAGCUAUAUUGCCAAAGGGAGUCACUUUGAAGGUUUAUUAUAAACUAUUUUUACAUCAUUUUUUUUUUAAAGUACUUUCUUGAGAACAGUUUCCAGAACUAAUACAACUGUCUCUAAUGUUGCAGAAGAGGUUUUGUGAGGUUACUGAUUCGUUUUGUUUUGCUAGUGGCUCAUUUUGCUGAACAUGAAAGUACCACAGCGACCUCGCUGCUGUUAGGGACUGCAAAACCUGUGUACAAAUUUAGAAGCCGAAAACAAAUAGGACAAGGACUGUGUGACUUUGUUCAGGGCCCAUUCAUAUAUUGCCUUUCUAUGAGAAGUUUGAUGCCUUCGUAUUUGCAGUUUGCACCCCCUGCAAUCAUUUCCAUAUCAUAAUGUUUGAAUGCCAGAUGUUUUGCACAUUGUAUAUAUGUAAUGCAUACUGUAUUUUUAUAUGUUUAGCACAUUUAUCAUUGGAUAUUUUGUACAUAGUGGCAAUGUUGUAGCUACUGAUAAAUUGUUGACUAGGAGCAUCAUUUUUUUUGCAUUUUUUUGUGUUCCAAAAUAAAAAUAAAUUACUUUUGA